AUAAAUUAAUAUUUCUUUAAUUUUCAUGGAAAGGUAUUACGCGUAAACGAAAACUGUAAAAGGAAAUAAAAAUCAGAUGGAAAUUUCGUGACGACGCAAACAUAACCAAAUCACAAUGACUGAGAGUACAGAAAAAGUUGAAAAUAUUUGCGACGCCCGUCGUAGAAUCCUAAACAUAGCUGUGUCAACUGUGUUACUCGAAACCGGGUUUGAUGCAGCUGAUAAAGUCUCUCUCGAAACACUUACUGAGAUGAUACAAUGUUUUAUAACAGAAGUUGGGAAUUCAGCGAGAGGCUACUGUGAACUAGCUGGGCGUGUAGAACCAGUGCUUGGAGAUGUUUCUAUGGCUCUAAUUAAUAUGGGAAUAAGUCUCCAGGGGAUUGAGCAAUAUGCAGCAAGACCGAGCAGGCACAUCAUCCAACCUCCGCAGCAGGCUUCAGUGCCUAGGACGCCCUCCAUGCUAUCAGCAGGGUCUAAAGCCAAGCCAGCUCCCCACAUACCAUUCCACCUCCCACCACUCCCUGAUCCUCACGCUUAUAUUAGAACACCGACUCAUAAACAGCCAGUGACUGAAUAUGAAGCUAUAAGAGAAAAGGCAGCAACUCAGAAAAGGGAUAUAGAAAGAGCCUUGACAAAAUUCCUUUCUAAAACAAGCGAAACACAUAAUUUGUUUAACACAGAAGACAACCAAGUUUAUCCUUUAAUUGCUUGUAAACCCACAUUCCCUUCUUACUUGCCCGCACUUCUACCUACUGAUCAAGUAUUUGACUUUGAUGAGUUGGAGUACCACUUUCAAGUUGCUAACAGAACAGAAGAUAUGCCUGCUGAUAAGAAAGAAAACUCAGAUAACGAAGGUGACAAUGGGGGUGACAAUGAGAAUGCAAAUAAUUCACAGUCUGAGACUCAAGAUGCACCAUUGGGUUCCAGUCCGGAUAGGAAUAAGAGUGGAGGAUAGCUGUUAGCUGCAUUAAGUUAGGAAUAUAGCUUAAAUAAAGAUAUUUUAUGCACACCUU